CGAAGCGCCCGCCCGCCGCUGGCUCGGGAGCCCGAGGGCGGGGCGGCGUGAGCGGCGGGGCGAGGCCUACCCAUGGCGACUGCGGAGCCUGGCGGCCGCGCGGCUCACUCUUCCACUGUCGGGUCCCGGCCAGGCAUGGGCCCGGAGCGUGCGGCGGGAGCUGCUGGCCUGUCCUCGGGAAGGAGAGGCGGGGAGCGCGCGGCCGUGGAAAAGCGCGGGCCGUACACGGUGGCGCGCGUGCCGUCCGUCCAGGCCAAGCUGCGUGCGUGGGAGAAGCACCGGGACCUGGCCAAGGCAAUGCUGCGGAGGAAAGGCGUGUUGGGCGCCCUGCCGAGCCGCCCCGACUCUUCAGCGAAAAGGUCAGUGAAGUUUAACAAAGGCUAUACUGCUCUGAGCCAGAGUCCAGAUGAGAACCUGGUGUCCCUCGACUCUGACAGUGAUGGGGAGCAGGAAUCCAGAUACUCCUCCGGGUACUCCUCUGCCGAGCAGGUGAACCAGGAUGUAAACCGACAACUGCUACAGGAUGGCUACCACCUGGAUGAGAUUCCAGACGACGAGGACCUAGACCUCAUUCCUCCUAAGCCUAUGGCCUCCUCCACAUGCUCCUGCUGCUGGUGCUGCCUUGGGGAGUCUUCUUGUACCCUCCAGUAGACAGAAACCUCCAGCACAGACCCUGCUUACCAUGAGGCACACAGAGCCUGGAGGCCUGCAUAGCUCGAGCAUAGUGAGGACAACUGUCACCCCAGAAUCUGUGGAGGCACUGGCCCUCUGUGAUCAAGGACUCGCAAGAAGCCCUCACUCAGUGCUUCUUGAGCCAGAGGCCCAUUGGCUAUGAGGUUGAUGAGUGGAAUUCCAGUUUUCCUCCAUUGUUGGUGCCUGGUUUGGAAAAGCUGUUUUAGUAAGAGGGAAGCAGAGGAGUUAGGGUUCAUAACAAUGGCUGAUGGAGCUUGCUGAGAAGCACACUGGCAGAUGUCUUGACUGGUGUUUGUUGUGGUUUUUGAGGAAAGGGACAGCUUUUGUGUCUGGGAUGUGCUGGGCAGUGUUGUGUGGAGGUAGAGGAUAGUAGUUCAUGGCUCGAAGCUGGGACUCUGAAGGAGAAUUUAACUGGGACAGCUCAGGAAAUUCCAUGUUGCCUUCCUCGUCCCAGCGCUUAGGUAGGCUCAUAGGUGUGACCUGGAAAAGCAUAAUUCAGAUCCCUCUGUCCCUCUUCAGGUUAACACCUCCCUGGCUAUGGCAGGGAAUGUAGCAGGUUGUUAACAGGAUCAUGGCUUCCAGAACCCCUGGACCUAGACAGCUGUCUAGUGAUUGGCUCCUCCCUAAUUAGAGGAAAACUGCUUCAUCCUACAUAUAUUUAUUUAUUUAUAUUUCUGUAGUCUUGGCUGGCUUCUGUACUCAAUUUGAGCUGAGGUUGCAUUCAAGGUAGUAGGGCUGGCCCCAGACGCCUGUAGUUUUUGUGGUUCCCAGCAGAGGGAGCUAUUGCGAGGGCAGUCGCAUGCCUUGUUCAGCCUUAUACACUAUGGAGACAGCAGUGGGUGCCUUUGAUGUACUGGUGUGUGGUGUGGCUUGCAUGGAGACCCAAAGCCAUCAGGCAAGAUGGGAAGAGACCCGAGCCAGCCCCCAGAAGCAGUAACCCAGUGGACAGUGUAGAGGCCUCCUUUCCAGCCUGGGCCACCCUAAAGCCAGACUCCUCUGUGCCAGGGUGGACUUUUACCAGCUCUUGCCAUGUGCAAGACCCUGGAAAAAUCCACAAGGACUGGGCUUUCUAGCAAGUCUUUAGGGCGAAUGUUGCUGACAGUCACAAACCCUGUGACCCUGCUGGAGAAUGUCUCUCACUAUCCCAAGCCUCCUAGAAUGAGUUUUAUAACCCCCUUACUUUCUGCCUCACUCAGGUAUAUUUGGAAAAGGGGGUGCACAGGGUUCACAGACCAAAGUGCACAGUAGUCAGGAUGAGGGUGUGGAGCAUCUAGUCUCUUGCUUUGCAUAUGUUCUUUGACCACUAAGGGACAGUAGAGACUCAGCUCCACCAGAAGAGGUGGGUAGCAAGAGAUGGCCUUGUCUGUUUCUUGUGAGACACUGUCCCCAGGAAGGCCAUUUUAGCAGUGCUUGGUAGCGUUUCUAAGACUGGGAGGCUGAGUGCAUAGCACAUUAGGCUGUGACUAAUAUUCUGCUGGCAGUGUCACAAGAUAGAGACCAACAAAGAACCCAAGGCCCAUCGACUUGGGGCUAAGAUAGGGGAGGUGGUGGCGACUUCCGUUCUGCAGUGGGACUCAGCUGCCAAGGCACCUCAUACUCUGAGCUGUCUCUAACACAGAGAUCACACAUAGGCCUCUCAGAUUUCUGUAGAGGGAAGAGCGCACAUCAAUAGGGGUGAGCGAUGAAGUGCAGUAUAGAAGAGGCUAGGGUGCAGGGACCCUCCUUGAGGCCAAAGGGGGAUAUGGAAGUCACAUUCGGGGCUAUAUUUGAGGGGGUUCUGGUUAGAACAGUAGGAACCCAAGCUACCCAUAUGUGUGGUCACUGCUGCAGUCCACCUUGGGGGCUGGGAUUUUAACAGCUCUCUGAGAGAAUGUUCCGGAGUCAGGGAGCCCUACAGGAGGGCCUUGUGGCAGGCUACACAUGGUCAGCUGUUGGGGCAGGGUUGCAGGUCAUAUACUACCAAUUAAGGUACCCAGGUGCCCAGAGCCACACUGCCUUAAUUCAGAGCAAGGGGUGCUGUGCAGGUGACAGUCCCCUGGGAGAGGGCUACCUGGGGCUCCCUCAGGCUGGAGUGGUUCCACCUGGUGUGCACACAGUGCUUGACAGACCCCUUGGCUUGUACUUCUGCAUUCUGUAUGCUCAUGAAUAAAUCCACCCACGCUAGCUGA